GUCGCUCGCUGCGUAAAUAGGAGCGUCGCGCCCGGGCCGCCGCCACCGCCCAGAGAGAGCGAGGCUCCACGGGACCCAGCCGGGAGGAUGUCUGACGGCUUUUCGCUCUCCGAUGCCCUUUCCGGGCCCAACAACCCGAACCCAAAUGCACCGCCUGCUGCUUGGGGAAACCAGCCCGGGGCGUUCCCCGGCUAUCCGGCCGCAUUCCCAGGCUUGUAUCCCGGAGCCCCGACAGCACCUGCGGGAUUCCCCGGAGCCCCGACAGCACCUGCGGGAUUCCCCGGAGCCCCGCCAGCACCUGCGGGAUACCCGGGAGGCCCGCCAGCGCCAGGUGGCUUCCCCAGCGCCCCGGGCAUGGUUCCACCAGGUGCUUCUGGAAUGUAUCCGGCACCUGGGCACCCCCCGAGUGGCGGUGGAGCUCAGCCGAGCGCACCACAGCCGAGCGGGCCUGGAUUCGGACCUCCAUCUGGCGGCCCUGUGACUGCUCCGAAAGUCCCUUGCGACAUUCCACUCCAGGCUGGCCUUGUGCCUCGCUUGAUGAUCACCGUAGCUGGGACAGUGAACGCGAGGCCAAACAAAUUUCAAGUGGACUUGAAGAAGGGCAAUGACAUUGCCUUCCACUUCAACCCGCGAUUCAAUGAGGACGGCCGGAAAGUGAUUGUCUGCAACACGAUGCUUCAGAAUACCUGGGGGAAGGAGGAGCGGACGGCCCCCUGGUUCCCCUUUGAGGCCGGCAAACCCUUCAAGAUCCUCAUUCUGUGUGAACAGGAUCAAUUGAAGGUGGCGGUCAACGACGCUCACCUGUUGCAGUAUAACCAUCGCAUAAAGGAGCUAAACCAGAUCACCCGGCUGUCCAUUAUGGGAGACGUCACCCUCUCCAAUGUCACAUUUGCCAUGAUCUAACUCCCCUGCAAUCCCCAAAUCCCUUUUUGCUUAAAACAGCUGCUUCUCCUUUUUUAAAGAAUCCUGAUGGAGCACAAGGCAAAGAUUAAUAAAAUGUGGGACCGUGUACAUGAAA